AAUGGAUGUGUUUACUGUUUGCUAUCUCCAUUCUACAUACCAUUAAGUUAUAGUAUAUUUAAUGAGGAGUUGUGUGACGAAACAUACCAUUAAGUUAAUGUUUGUAGAUAAAUUAUUAUAUUCGUAAGAGUAUUUUAUUAUAUCAAUGGAUAAACUGGUGUUGUUAAUACUACAAUUGUAUCAAGUUUGUUCUGCUUCGUCCGUACAUGACCAGCAAAAUUCAUGUCACACAUACUCCAGCAAUAAAACAUGUGCAGUACCGGAGACUCCAAGCUUGUGUGUUGAGAGAUUCCAAAGUAUCCGAAUCACAUCAGCAGUUAACGGCACUGGCUCUGGCACUCUUGUUGUCUGUGGUAAAAAUUUGACAGAACAUUUAACUAUCAUGGCUGGAAACGAUGAAAUAUUUCCUUUGUCAACCAGGAGAUAUGAGGUGAAUGUUAGUGAGAGUGGGUAUCACAGUACAGUCAACAUUACAGUACAUAACCUGACAGAACGGGAUCAGGGCGUCAUACCACUCCUCAUAUUUACCUGCCCUUUAAGGUGUCUUGACAGUCAGAUAUGGGUGGAUUUAAAAGGUAGUACCGACAACGUGACCUUUAGUUAUCAGUUCACUAGUGAUACCCAUGAGCUAAAUCUAAAAUUACACUGCUCAGCAACAAGAUAUCCACGAGCUAUAAAAAUUAAUGAUGUCACAACAGCAACUGUUGUAGCAAAUGAAACAUUCAGCGCAAGAAAUUACAAGUCUACAAUGUCACUUGAAACAUCACUCUACGACCCAUCGUGUUCACACAUUACAAGUUACAUUUGUGAAGUGACAGAUUUUCUAGGAAAUAAAAGUACACGUACAUUGCAUGUCACACACAAAAAAUGUCCCCCACGUUUAUUUGAUGUUACAACCAAUAACAGUGUGAUUCAAACAAAUGUUAAUGACACCGCCAUGUUUUAUUUUGACGUCAUAACAUCUGGUGACGUCAUCGUGGAAGUUGACAGUAAUCGAACACAGUUUAACAUCACUAGAUACCAUCCACAGUUCUGCUAUAUCCCAAGCCCUAACUAUACAAUCUACACACGACCCAGCGCGAACUUGUCUGUCAACUUUUGUCUGAAGUCUGGUGUAGACAUACAACAUCAACACAAGAUGGAGGUUUAUGUGGACAACCAACGUCUGUCAGACAAAGAUAUACAAGUAACAAAGUAUAACAGCAGAUACCAGUAUGGACUGGAGAUUGUUUUACACAGAAAGACUUAUGACAAAGCUCUGUGGAUAGAAAUAAAAGUGUUUAACGUUACAUUGAAGUCCGUAUGUAACAACUUGCAACAGCCAAUCCCAGCCAGACUUGACCAACCACUGACCAUAGAGUUUUGUGUUGUCUCAAGCUCUCCCCUACACGACCAUAUCGGGAUAAACGGUCACGUGAUCAAAGUCAACACGUCACACGUCACUGGUCUCUACAGGUAUGUUGGUGUAAGGAGAUCAGGAGAUGACACCUACAAUGUUACUAUUCAACUUUACCCGGCUGAUGUAGAUGGUGUACAAAUCUUCCAAAUUUUGGUAAAAAAUGAUGAGAAACAGUCGAUGGUCUUUUUGUCUCAAGUUGCCCUGCAUAAAGAACAAUGGAAUGUUACUGUCAAUAAGUCGCAUAAAAAAGUUUCAGAUUUUUCAGUAAAAUCAUCAAGCCCGUCUCUCUUACCAACCACAACUACCGCAUCCACUGCAGUAAACUCAGUCUAUACAACUGCUAACGUAUCAACUCUAAACGGCGAGACUUCUAGAGAUGACGUCACAGUGAAGGUGAUCAUCGGUGCUCUAGCGGCGGUCACCAUCGCUACAAUUAUCGUCGUCUUCUCUGUGCGUAGAAUGAAAGUGAAACGUUUUCAAGAUCCUAUACAGCCUCCAAGCUACCAGAAUGUUAUAGCCAGAAACAGCAACGAUAACUCUAGUCAAGUCUUCCAUACACCGACAGUCAAUGUGACGACGGAAUCGACCACUUCACGCAACUCUGAAGGACUAAUCUACGUCACAGUAGACCACACCAGCCUACGUGACAGCCUGUCCACCAACAGGUCCAGUCACAGUCAAGAUCACGUGGUCUACGCCAGACUGGACUUUCAGAAAAUGGCGAAGAAGGAACAGAAAUCCAGACACUAGGAGAAUGAAGGAGAGAGAAGGGGCAGAAAUAUAGAGUAAUAAAUAGGGAAAGACAUAAGAAGACAGGGUUGAUAAUAGAUAGCAAGACGAAGAUCUGGAGAUGUUUGGGAUGAUAUCAAAUGUACAGAGUUUUGAAAGAGCAAACAUUGUUGAGACCUUUUGAAACGUUAUUUAUCCUAUUAGCUUGAACAUUAUUUUUGUUUUAGUUGAUGCUUUUUUUUUGUCAAAGCUGCAAUAUAUGGAGUUUAAAAAAACAAAGAAUUUCGUAAUUUAUACUUUUCUAGUUUGAAUCCCGUGUUCGAGACUAUGAAAAUAUCCGUGAGUCCACCGUUUUUACUUUCUCGUAUAUACGAAGUAUAGAGAAAGUCUUGUAAUCAUGCA